GUACCAUUGCCGGCCGUGCGCAGCCGGGGCUCCGCCGCCCGGGUUGAUUUAUUUACCCCGCGGUCCCCGCCGUAUCUCAAGGACCCCUCACUCACAAGAACAGAAAAAAAAGGGGCAGCUUCAACCCUCCAUCGCGGUCCAAGCAAAUCUAGCGUAGACCAGACAAGGUCCAAAUCUCAUCUACCUACCUACUUUAGAUAGCCAGCUACCUAGCCACCCGCCAUGCCAGUUAGCAACCUCCUCGCUGGCAAAACAGCCAUCAUCACCGGCGGGACCACUGGCAUCGGACGGGCCAUCGCCCUCGGGUUCCUGGCGCAGGGCUGCAAUGUCGCGGUGAACCAUCUAGACCUAGAGAAGGACAAACCCCACCUCGUCAGCCUGCUCGCCGAGGCCGCCGCGCUGAAAGACAGCAACCCGUCGGCAGGGUCACUGGCCCAUCUACCAGGCGACGUACGCGACCCGGCGACGGGCGCCGCGCUCGUAGCCUUUGCACUGUCAUCCUUCCAGACCUCCCGUCUAGACAUCUGCGUCUCCAACGCGGGCGUGUGCACUUUUGCCGAUUUCCUCUCCCUCUCACCGGACCUGCUGCAGACGACGGUGCGCACCAACCUCGACGGCGCCUUCUACGUCGUGCAGGCCGCCGCCCGGCAGAUGGCGCUGCACCAGACCCCGCCGGGAGGCUCCAUCAUCGCCAUCUCGUCCAUCUCGGCGCUUGUUGGUGGCGGACUGCAAACCCACUACACCCCGACCAAGGCUGGUGUCUUGUCGCUUAUGCAGAGCACUGCUGUUGCGCUGGGAAAGUAUGGGAUUAGGUGUAAUGCCCUGCUGCCGGGGACGGUUAGGACGCAGUUGAAUGAGGAGGAUUUGAAGGACGAGAGGAAGAGGGAGUAUAUGCAGGGGAGGAUACCGCUCGGGAGGAUUGGGGAGACGAGGGAUUUGGCGGGGCCUGCGGUGUUUCUGGCUUGUGAGGAGCUGAGUGGGUAUGUAACGGGGGCGCAGUUGUUGGUGGAUGGGGGGUUGUUUGUUAAUUUGCAGUAAUGGUCUUCAGCUUGUCAAGGUGGGACCGGGGAAAGGGGGUUGAUGAAGAGACGUUGGAGUAGGUAUUUAGAGCAGCUUUGGAAAACACGCCUACCACAGUUACCACUUUCUUGUCGAUACUGUUAAUGAUCACUGCUGAGAAGACCGGCAGGGAACGGGGGCCAGGUGCAAGAAUCAAUUGUACUCUUUUGGCCCUUGAUUUGCUGCCUCUACUCCGGUAGCAAUACGUCCUAACCUUAAGACAGGUUACCCAACUGCGAUAGGUGGGGUCGGAAAGGGGCUGAAAACGGUAACUCUGGCAUUAAGAGGCCAUUUGGGCUUUGUCCGGAACGUCAUCGUUCCGCCACCGGGGCGUUGAACGGUUGCCCAAACUUCCAGAAGCAGUUGAUCG